AUGGCGGACCCCGGAGCAUCUAGCAUUCCUACUCCAUCUACUAAUGAUUCAACCGCCGCGCAAGUAGUAGAUGUAGAAGCGUCUCACCCCAAACUCAAGCGCAUCAAAACGUCAUCUUCUAAGAUAUGGCUCAUAUUCACCAAGUUGGAAUGUGGCAAGAAGGCAAAGUGCAACUAUUGCACUCUCAAGCCCGCAAUAUACGCUUUGACGGGAAGCUCUACAUCCUCGAUGCGGAUUCAUGCGAUGAAGAGUCAUCCUAAGGAAUUUCGACUCUUGGUGGGAGGUGCGGAACAAACGGACGCGGAGGAUGGCUCAUCCAACGAGAUUUCGCGCGCAUUAUUGAAGAUAAAGGCCUUCUCGGACAAGGAGAAUCGGGAGAAGCUCGUGCGCAUCUUCGCCAAAGGCCUCAUCCCGUUCUCAUUCAUCGAGGAUGAAGACUUUCGGACGUACUUGCAUUGGCUCAACCCAAGGGCAAGUAUGCCGAGCCGUGUGACUCUUGCGAACGACAUUCAUGCGGCCUAUAACGCAUGUGUGGGUAAGAUUAAGAAUCUUCUUUUGAACCUCUCAUGCAAGGUGUCAUUCACCCAUGACACUUGGUCAUCCCCCACGAAUGCCUCGUACAUUGCAAUAACUUGCCAUUGGAUCGAUGAUGACUUCAACAACAAGUCCAUUUUGUUGGAUUUUAAGCAUUUCGAAUGUCAUCACACGGGCGAGGCCAUCAAGGACACGUUUGUGAAGUGCGUUUACGAGGAUUGGGAGUUGGGGGAGAUGGUGAUGGCCAUCACGGUGGACAAUGCUUCGAACAACAAGCGCUUCAUCGACUUGUUGGGGGUGGAGAAGGGGUUUCCCGCGGAGAGGCACAUGAGAUGCUUCAACCAUGUGAUCCAUCUUGUGGUUGAAGUCAUCUUGAAACAUCCCCCCAUUGAAGAUGCUCUCAAGAAAAUAAGGGCGUUUGCAACACAUCUCAAAGGGUCUACAUUGAGGAAAGGGAAGUUUUGGGUGCGGUGCAAGGAGAAGGGUCUUCACAACAUAUCAUCUCUUGCCCAUGACACCCCUACCCAUUGGGGUAGUGCUCACUUCUUGAUGAAAAUAGCAAGGAUGCUCCGACCCGCCAUCAAUGCAUACUUGGUGGAAGAUGUGGAUGAUGAGGUGGAGCGGGAGUUUCAGAUGAGGAGUGAAGAGUGGGAUUGCCUUGAGCGUCUUGAGAACCUUCUUGCGCCUUUUGCCGAGAUUCAAGACAUGCUAGAGGGCUCGAGUUACCCUACCUUGUCUUUGUGUGUACCAUCUAUCAAUGCUUUAAUGGAUAUUUUGGAGGGGAGGGUGGAGGAGAAGGGGGAGUUUUGGGAGGCGUGCAAGGAGGGACUUGAAAAGCUCAAGGGGUACUAUGACCGGACCUAG